AUGUCUUCUUCAAUGGAAUCAUCAUACCUUCCUGCUACAACUGAGUCAUUAGCCAAGGCUCAAGAGGCUAAGGAUGCCACAGAGUCCAUUGCAAUCCUUUACCGUGUCAUUCAGGACCCAUCUUCUUCUGCUGAUGCACUGAGAACAAAAGAAGUUGCAAUUACAAAUCUUACAAACUACCUCACUAAAGAGAACAGAGCUGAGGAGCUGCGUAAUCUUUUGACCCAGCUCAGGCCAUUUUUUGCAGUUAUUCCCAAGGCUAAGACUGCAAAAAUUGUCCGCGGAAUAAUUGAUGCUGUCGCCAAGAUUCCUGGAACAUCUGAUCUUCAGAUUUCACUCUGCAAGGAAAUGGUGGAAUGGACCCAUGCAGAGAAGCGUACUUUCCUCCGGCAGCGUGUGGAGGCGAGGUUGGCGGCUCUCCUGUUAGAGAAUCAGGAGUAUACUGAAGCACUUACCCUCCUUACUAGUCUUAUCAAGGAAGUCAGGAGGCUUGAUGACAAGUUACUUCUUGUGGACAUUGACCUUCUGGAAAGCAAACUCCACUUCUCCCUGAGAAAUCUGCCAAAGGCCAAAGCCUCCCUAACUGCUGCUAGAACAGCAGCAAAUGCCAUUUAUGUUCCACCUGCCCAGCAAGGCACUAUUGAUCUCCAGAGUGGAAUCCUCCAUGCUGAAGAAAAGGAUUACAAGACUGCUUACAGCUACUUCUUUGAAGCAUUUGAAGCUUUCAGUGCACUGGAGGACCCAAAGGCCAUCUUCAGCCUGAAGUACAUGCUGUUGUGCAAGAUAAUGGUUAACCAAGCUGAUGAUGUUGCAGGGAUAAUCUCAUCUAAGGCUGGCCUAAAAUAUCUGGGUCCUGAUGUUGAUGCUAUGAAGGCUGUUGCUGAUGCAUACUCUAAAAGAUCUCUCAAGUAUUUUGAAACUGCCCUUCGCGAUUACAAGUCCCAGCUGGAGGAGGACCCUAUUGUCCACAGGCAUCUUUCUUCUCUGUAUGAUACGCUCUUGGAGCAGAACCUCUGCAGGUUGAUUGAGCCCUAUUCAAGGGUGGAGAUUGGGCAUAUAGCGGAGAUGAUUGAAUUGCCGGUUGACCAUGUUGAGAAGAAGCUGCCGCAGAUGAUCCUCGACAAGAAAUUUGCUGGGACUCUAGAUCAAGGUGCUGGCUGCCUCAUUAUCUUUGAGGAUCCCGAGACGGAGGAAAUCUUCCCUGCCACUCUCGAAACCAUUUCGAAUGUCGGGAAGGUUGUGGACAGCCUUUACAUGAGGUCGGCCAAGAUCAUGGCUUGA